AUGAGACAGGCUGGACCGGCUGCUUUCCCCUUCAUUGGUAGCACCGUCUCUCAAGACACCCAAGCUGCGUUGCGGGCCUGGUCGACGCUGCGAUUUGUGCGUGGCGGACUGUUCACGGCUGAAGAAGCCAUGGAUAUGGUAGACCAUUUCUACACUUACCAGGCACCCUUUUCUCCAGCUGCUCCAGAGUAUUAUGCGCAUCACAGCAAGCACCAUCUCCUCAUCGAGGAAGAGCCGAUCCUCACCAUCACAAUAUUGAUGAUUGGUUCCCGAUACCGAACGUGGACUGGGCCAGCGUCGAUAUCGAGGUCCCGCGUCAUUCACGACCGAUUGUGGAGGUAUCUUCAGGGGAUGAUCUCGCGUCUCUUCUGGUUCGAGGACAACUUUGUCGGUGAGUUCACCUCACUGAGAGAUCCGUCAAGUAGCAUGCAGAAAAGGGGACAAGACUCUGUGCGGUCCAUCCGGUUUCGCACGCUGGGCACUUGCGAAGCUCUGUUACUGGUUCUGGACUGGCAUCCAAGAGCCCUCCAUUUCCCUCCGAUUGAUGAUGAUACCACUUCGAUUGUGAUUGCCGAACAACCAAGGUCGCGGAAUACUGGCACAUCGGGUGGAGAGUACGAGACAGGAGCAGGUCACCUCUGGCUGGCUCGCUCCGGGCACUUGUGUCGUUCGAUGCUCUCUACUGUCUCUAUGCUCGCCACUGAACUGGGAUUCUUCGACGGGAAAGAAGGGCCUUCGACGUACUACUCUGAGUACCGUGACUACUUGUACCGGGUUCCAUCGACUCGUCAGCGGGCGCAGUCGUUGCAGUAUUUGAUCUGGAUAUAUGCUACGCAGCAGCAGACGGGACCACCGAGCUGGAGAAUCAGCACACCCACACCAUCUGCACUACACAUCGAAACGCACUUGGACAAUACGACCGAAUGCUGGGUUCGAGUGGCGACAUUGGUGAAAAAAGCCGAUGAAGCACUCUUCAGGUCUCAGCGGUAUACCCAGAAGAUUAUCCGAAACGGCCAGUAUCUCUCAAUCAUGCAGUCGUUCCAGCCACUGCUGCAAGAGUUCAUCAUCAAGUUCAAUCACGCAAAAUUGUCUAGACAAAUGCGACUCAUCUUGUCGAUCGAAUUCAACUACAUUCAAUUGUGCAUCUUCAGUCUCAGCCUGCAGGCAAUGAUGCUGAGAAAAUGCCGAACUGGAGCUAACCAAUCCCAAAUCGACUACGAUUCUCUCCAGACUCCUUCUACCACAGACGAAGAACACCUGGGUAAAACCGCCAGGGCAGCCCGAAGUAUCGUCUCGGUUGUGGUUGACGACCUUCUCCCUGAUGGCGAUGUCAAGCAUAUCCCUGUUCGCUCAUACUCGCGGAUCUUGGGAGCAGCUCUGGUUCUUCUACAGAUCUGCGCGUCAGAAAUGAAGCAUGUUCUCGACGUGUCUGCGACUUUUAGCCAGAUCAAAGAUCUCGGGACUGCGCUCGAGACCUGCGUGGUUGACGAUACACACCUCAGCGCUCGAUGGGGUGUCCUUUUGGCCGGGCUAACAGACAGUUUCCAGUCGCGGCUUUCUCAACAACAAAUCGUCCUUUCCGAUUCCCGGAGGGACGAACCCAAUCCAACCCGAACAGGAACCUCUGAGAUGCCCGAAGCUUCUGAAAUGUUGAUUCGGGCAUCGAACAUGAACGGCCGCACACAGCAUCAAAGUCACCCCGAUGUUGCUCCCGGUCUUCGUCCCAGCGCCGAGGGAAUAGGCACCACAUUACAAGCACCCAACUUUGACGUCUAUUCCAUGUGGUGGGAUAUCACGCGGCCGGUGGAUGCCAUGACGGCUGAGCAGAGCAUGCGGUAUGUUCCCAUCACUUCGGUGGAAACGGACAUGUCUCUACCAGAUGUGUCUUUGGAAAACGGACACGAUAGCUCGUUUAACUUUCCGACGAACUUGUUCUAG